GAUUUUCUAGAACCAUGGAAGUUAAGUGAUGUGAUUCUUUUGGUUGAAGAUCAGAAAUUCCAUGUUCAUCGAAGCAUUCUCGCAUUUUGGUCGCCCGUGUUUGAAAAGAUGUUCACUUCAGGACUCAAGGAGAAGAAUAACGAUGAAAUUCCUCUUCCAGGGAAAAAAGCAAGCGAAAUUAAACACUUGCUACUCAUGCUGUAUCCUUCUUUAGAGGAGAAACCAGUGACAAAGGCAAAUUGCUACUUCUUGCUUGAACUUGCUCACGAAUAUCUAAUAGAGUCCAUUGUUCAGAAAUGCCAAUCGUUUAUGGUUUUUAUGGUCAGAGAAAAGAUGGAGGAUGUUUUUGCGAUGCUCAUCUAUGGGCAAAAGUACCAGCUUAAAACUCUUAUAUCGGCGUCUAUAGAUGAGGCACAGCGUUCAGCAUCGUUCAACGAAUUGAUACAGCAUAAAGAAGAGAUCGAGCCAAACAAUUACCUGCAGAUUACUGAGCAAAUUAUUCAGCGACUCGAGCCACUCGAGCCACUGUGUAAGGAAGUGAAAGAAGAGAGUCUGCAACAUCUGGAGCGUGUGGUUAAAAAUCUAUGCGAGCUUGUUCUAGAGAUAGCCGAUAAAUCAUCCAUGUUUGCAAUUCCAGAAACCGCUGAAGAACGUUUAGAUCGUUUACUAAACGUAUUCAUCAGAAAAGGCGUUUACUGUGAGAGUCUAACCAAAGUUGCGAGUGAAUUAAUAGCUCAAAAAGUUACCUUAGAAUGCCUGCCUUGAUUGUACACACAUUUUGGAACCCAUUCAGGGACCUUCAAACUGACAUUGAAUUACCUCCGUCUGCCAACCUUAAAUAUAUUUAUUUGUGGAAAGCUUGAAAUGUAUGUAAGUAACUUGUUUACCUGGUGUUAACCUUCACACACACCGAAAACAACGAACAUCAAUAUUUAUCGUGAGCAUAGAUAUUUCCAGAACUCUGAUCUUUUGGAUGCAGUGAAAAGUAAAGGAAAGCAGAAAAACAACAACGGUUGAUAAACAUCAAUAUGUCCGUUGCUUAACCGAAACUACUCUUUAAGCUUUAAACAUGUGUUCUUUACGGAUAACUAACGUUCCUCAUGUGGGGAUAGAGGAAGGCUAUUUCUAGAAAAUUUGGGUAUGAUUGUACUGAAUGCGUAGCCAAUCCAUGCCCCUAUUUCAGAUCUGAAGCGCUGUUUUAAAUAGCAAGAUAAAGAGCUAAGGGUACCUUAUUACAUGAAAUUUUGGCGACACGUUAGUUAAUCGAUUUUGAAAAAUCCUUAUUUAGCGUAGCCUAUUCCAAGCUCUCAGAUAAUAGAGAAGACGCGAAAGUGAAAUGCACACGAAAAGUUGGCAAGGCGAAAAAAGGAGGGGGAGAGAAAGCCUGUAAUAAUCAUUUCUGUUACGACGCCCUUCCGUCGCCUUUACUUUCGCCAGUUUCCUCCCGUUUUUUGUUUGUUUUGUUUUGUUUUGUUUUGUUUUUUGGCAUGUUCGCACUUUCUCAAUUCAGCGGACCCGACUAGGUACCCAAAGUCAAUGAUAUACGUCAAAUAGCAUGUGUGUGCACAUGACGUCACGUCGGCCAUAUUGGUGUUCCAAAACAAUGAAACGGCGGCCAUGUUGGUAUACCAAGACAACCCCGUGGGAAUUGAACUCUUUUCUUUUGUAAAGACUCUUUUGUUCGUAUUGAUUAGCAUAGAUCUGGCCACGUGAGUGAAUAAGCUCUAUUCACUAGCCUGUGUUUACAACCGCUUCUCAUCGUUUCCCGCUGGUCACCUAUUACACGUUUUCUCUUGUCAAUGGUUUGUAGCCAAAAGGAGCCGAAUAUUUAUUUCCUGACCUACCAGUCCUACGAGUACAGGGUUGUAUACUCUCAGUGUCAAAUGACCUCUGUAAUUUGACUCUGGAAAAGCAAAAAAAAUUGGAAGAAGGUUUAAUUAGUUGCUUAAAGUAUCGAUUUAAAAAAUCCAGCUAGAAAAACCAAAAAGUGCUGAUUGAGUUUUAGGACAGUAUUCAUGCGAACCGCGACCAAAUGUUUUCUUUGAAAUGAAAUGUGGCGAAAGAUGAUCAAAUAUAAUAUUGCGAAGGGUAGGUUACACUUUUUAAGUUAAAUUUCCCUGUUUAUUACGCCUCUUUGUAUAUAUGCAUUCACUAUGUAAAUAAAGCUGGGAAAUUCGGUAAAUGAUCAUAUGCGAAAUAUAUACUUUUACUUUACAUUUUGUAUCAUUUUUUGAAAACUUGUAACCCUUAAACCCACAAGAGCCUACAAGAGCCCAAGACAAAGCAAAUUCAAGAAAAUGCACCGAUUUAUGGAGCGCUUUCACGUGACGUCGUCCGCCAUAUUGGUCAGUUCUAAAACAAUGUAAUGUCGGCCAUGUUGGUGUUCCAGCAGUCCUGUGGGUGUUUUAAAACCUUUUUCUUAUGUAAAAACUUUCCCUUUUCCAAAAAGUUUGUGUAGCUGCUGGUCCCUUGAUUGAAAAGGCCGCUUUUUUUAGCUAUAUUCUCGCUGACGUCAUCUAUUGAUCUUAAUGUGCCAACUAUAAGCGCAUUUGUUCUCGAAACAAAAUAUUCUUUUGUUCCGCUUGUUACACAUUUGCAUGGCAAAAAGAUUAAGGAUUCACAAAACAUUGAGAUAACGAAUCUGAAUCGGCUAAAUAGAGAAACAAUCAUCGGAGAUGUCUUUCCUUAGAUCGGAUAAAUUGACUGGCAACUCCGAGCCUUACAAGUUUGGACUAAUAUCAGCUGAUCUCACUUUCCUCUAAAGGCUGUUAAAUUUGCUAUCCAUGGCCAACGUGCAUUUUUACGUGCGUUUCUAAGGCUACAGUCUUCGACAACUUCCACUGAACGCUGUUUUUCCCUUCUCGCUCGUCUCCCGCUCUCUCUCAAUGUUGUUUAUGGCAGUAAAGUUAGCAAAUCUAUUACUCCAACAUUGGGAAGGCAGGAAGACAGCACAGUGUCCCAACAAUUUUGACUGAGACUGUAGGUUAAGAACGAUGAUUUCGGCGCGAUUUCUGUAACCGAGUGAAGCUGCGCAGCGCAGAUUCUCUAAAGUGGAGACAUGACCACAUGCAUAUCGCACACGAAACCUAUCCGGUAUAGCGUGAACACAUCCUUAGCUUCCAUGUUUUGUUUCCGGUUUUAUUCUCUUUUUCGAAACCAUUUUCCGCUUUGAAAAAAAUAAUAUUUUCAGCCAUGUCAAGGAAUUGUUGAUGAGGCGUAAUUCCUAGCUUUAUUUCAGUUAACUCCUGUUUCAAAACAAUAUUUUUUUGUUGCAAAAAAUUUGAAUCACUCAGUGAAUUACAUUGCUUUUCUUUAUAAGACUUCAAAUCAAUCAAUCAAUCAGUCAGUCAACCAAUAAUUGAAUUAAUCAAUCAAUUUUUUGUCAUUUUCGAGCUAUUUACAGUCAAAUCUCGUUCAGCUGCUCGUUCCGAUCAUCGUGCAACUUCCCUUGGAGUAGAGUAAAAGCUCUUUGAGACAAUAUCCAUGCACCCCCCUGAAUAUCUUCAAAAGUAAAAACAAGCAAGCUACUCGUCAGUUUAUUCCCUAAGUCCACUACAGCAUGACGCAAGCUUUCGCCUCAGCUUUCCCAACUGAUUUCCUAGAACCGUGGAAGUUAAGCGAUUUGGUGCUUGUUGUUGAAGAACAGAAAUUUCAUGUUCAUCGAGGUAUUCUCGCAUUUUGGUCGCCCGUGUUUGAAAAGAUGUUCACUUCAGAAUUCAAGGAGAAGAAUAAAGAUGAAAUCCCUCUUCCAGGGAAGAAAGCAAGAGAAAUCCAAACCUUGCUACUUAUGAUGUAUCCUUCUGUGGAGGAGAAACAAGUAACAAAGGCAAAUUGUUACUUCUUGUUUGAACUUGCUCAUGAAUAUCAAAUAGAGUCUAUUGCUCGGAAGUGUGAGGCGCAGAUGGCUUCUAUGGUGAAAAGACGAAUGGAGAAUGAUGUUCUUGCUAUGCUCAUCUAUGGUCAAAAGUACGAGCUAAAAACUCUGAUAUCGACGUGUAUACAUGAAGCAAGACGCUUGACAUUGAUGGAAUUAAAGACGCAUAAAAGGAGUCUAGAGAUCGAGCCAGACAACUAUAUGCAGAUUGCCGACAGAAUUAUCCAUCGACUAGAGACACAGUGUUACGAGGUGAGAGAAGAGAGUCUGAAAAAUCUGGAGCGUGUAAGCAAGAGCCUGUACUCGCAUGUUAAAGUUAAAAAUAGGGAGGAGCACGGAGGUCAAAGAACCACUAAUGAGCGUUUAGACUAUGUACUGAGUGACAGUGAUAAAAACAACGUUAAAUGUACAUGUUUGAGCCUUAAAAGUGUUGCCGAAGAGUUAAUAGCACAAAAGAAAACGAUAGAGACCCUACCUUGAUUCAAGCCGGAGAAUAAAUAAAUAAAUAACGUGUCUUUAUUGUUCAAAAGAUAAAAUUACUUAUCUUAUGUUACAUUUAAAUAAAUAUAACAAUGAUAAUGGGCUAAAGUAUGUCUCUAAAUAAGAUUAGUAUAUACAUAGAAACAAAUACAAAAAUCGAAUACAGAAAGUACACUAUUUACAAAGCUACAUUAUACUUAAAGACAAUUCUAUUAAGAAUGUAUUCUUAAAACGGUCCGUGUGAGUGGCGGGUAUAGCGGGAGAUUUGUUCCUUAAGUUGUAUCUUGUAAAAUCUCUUUAGUCUCAGGGAAAUUAGCUCUAAGGGGGUGGUUCGGGAUACUAGAAACCUUCCUACAAAUACUAUGGCAGCAAAACAUCCCGCCGCACGCGAGAAAAAACCCAUGGUACCCAACGUUCCUCAUGAACUAUGACAAAAUAUAUUCAACCACCUCUCUUACUUGGCUAUGUGGUUUAGGUAAAUAAAACAGACAAAUUACUUCGCCUCACGAAUUCGAGUGGGUUGGCUGACUCACGUUCCAAUAAGGAGAACUUUGAUCAUUAUAUUAAGUAAUUCACCUAUCUCUAAUUUCUUGAAUAUGUAUCUGCGUUUAAAACAUCGAUCUAAAAACUGCUGGGCUAUAGUUAGCUCUCCUUCAGAGGCCCCAUACACAGGUAAAGCAUAAGUAAUAUUAGGUAGAACUAAGGAAGACAAUAAAUGGUCUACUUCUGCUUGGCUACAUCCUUCUUUUCGGAGGCAUCUGAUGACGUACAAGCAUUUAUUAGCUUUACAUAACUUUUACAAGUCAAAGGCCUAUUGCCAACCUUGAUGCAACGCGAUCGUUUGUUUUUGUUUUGAAAUCGCGCUUUUGUAAAUGGUGUGCUCUGAUUAUAGUCCACACUUUUGCCAGGUUUUCUCGCAAGAAGGCAAAGUAGUCAGAGCUAGUCAGCUAUGGUCGCGUCGGUGUUGUGUGUUUCCUCAUCUGACAAAUGGUUGCACCACAGGGCGUCCGCACAAUGUGUGCGUGUGUAACCGAUUGCUAUUUUAUAGUAAAUGUACUGGAUUUACCUUGUUAUUUUAUAGUAAAUGUACUGGAUUUAUCGUUCGCUUUACCUAUAGUGAUAUAUCGCUAUGUAUGUCUAUAAAUCAAUAUUAUAUAAACGUUCAAUUACCUUUCGUGUGGUAAUAUAUUGUCUUCCUUUUGCCUCAAAAGCGGUUUUUUGAGCGAUUUUGAAGGAUUUUGAGUUCGCAAAACCAACCAGAAAAAAAUAAAAGACUUUUAGGAAGUCUAGAGCAAUGUGUGUACUUCCAUGAAGGUAAUGGCUACUUUCCCCGCCAUAACUAUGUUUCUUAGACGCAAGGAAAUGCCAAAGCCAUUUGUUCCAGCCAUAAACAGCUUUUGAUACCUCAUGUGUAACAAAAUUUUAGGUUAUUGCGAGCGACCAGAGGAGCUCGCAAUCCUGAUCUGUCUCCAGGUUGCCGUUACGUAUGUGCGGAAUAUAGUUAUCCAACAUUAUUUGGGCAUUUGCUAAGAAUGACGCGUGUUUGGAGCUCCUUGCACUCUUUCACUAGUUAUUCGCCACUUUUAAGUUGCGCGGGAAACUGGGUCAAGAUGGUUGUCAAGUGCAUUGUGGGACUGUUUUGGGGGACGCAUUUCUGCAUGGCGGCAAAUUUGUCGCCCAAAACAGUCCCACAAUUCACUUUCACAACCAUCUCGACCCGGUCUCCCGCGCAACCUCAAAGUGGCGAAUCUGAUCGCGCACAUUUUGAACUUUUAUCACAUGGAACAUUCGCAAAGCUUGUUACUCCAUACCCUUUAGUUAUUACUAGUAAUAGCGGAGCUCCACGCGCGGCGCUAAAUGUGGUAAUCUACCCAUUCGAGAAAAUUUGGUAAUCACGUGACCGUACACCGAGCGAGCGACCGUCCGUCCGCAUCACAGGCAUACCAAUGUAAAAUAACUUAAUCAACAGGUAUGGCAGCUCAAAUGCAACUCAAAGUUUUAUUUGGAAGGAAAUCACAUGGCCGCCCGGACUUUAAGAAAGAAAAAACAACGACAAAGUCGUGUCUUUUUCGGCGUUAUUUUUUAUGUUUACACUGACGUGGAUAAUAGGGAAAGAGCUAGAGCAAAGGAGACGAAUUUCGUAGGAAGAAAAACAUGGAAAUUCAAAGCGGCGGUGAGAAAAUGAGAAAUGCUAGCAUAGCGGCCAGCAAGGUCAAAAUGAGCGGCAGUGAAUAAUAAAAGCGAACAUGAACACAGGAAACAAAAUAUUGGGUAAGCACAUACGACAAUUCCUCCAUAAAAAUAAUGUUUAACUAGGAUGUUUGACUUGUUAGUCAUAUAAAACAGCGUUGUAGUCGUGCAAAACAACGGCAAGGGAAAGACAAAAAAGCGUGCUGCGAGUGCAAAUUUGUUUUUUGCUAAUUAGAAGAAAAAGUGUGCCGCACGUGCAAUUUAUUUUUUUUUUGCUAAUUAGAUCUAUUAGUCUUGAAGCCAUUUUCAUUGUCGUCCCCGUUUAGCAUUACACGAUUUAAUUUUUUUGUUUACACGUAUUAUUAACCAGAGCUUCGCUUUUAGCCCUGGCUAAAUCUAUAUAUUAGUUUUAUAAGUGAGGGUUAUUUUGUUUAGAUGGAAUGCCUGCUGGUCGAAUAUAAGUGAUGCUUUCUGAUUCAGACACACCAGACGCCCCUGUUGCUCAUGCCCCUUUAAGGAAACGCUCUAUCCUAAAGAGGUUCUCCUCAAAUUCAAAUCUCUAGCUCCUAAGAUAUCACGAACACCACGAAUGUGAGUUUAUAACAAUGACACAUCCAGCUCACGCCAAAGGAUUGUCACAGCACGCGUAAAGCACGUGCGUCAAUUUUGCAAUUUGUGUUCUCAUGACUAUCGUGACGUCAAAACCAAAGCAAUUACAUCUAAACAAUGACAUCUUUGAACUGCUAUAAAUCAAGCAGCAAACGCUCUCAAAGGGGGCAAAAUGCAACCGGCUCUCUGAACGCGAUAAACUGCUUACAAACGUUGCUAAGCGCGGUAAAAAUCUUGCAUGCAAUUGUCCUUAUUGGUCAUCGAUUGUGACACUGUUCGUGCUGGCCUAAAGCAAAGAAAACAAGAGGUUCUGUUUGUCUGAGGUUUGACAUAGCAGUGUUCUUACUAGCCAGUAAGCCUACGUUUAAAAUCUUUUUUUUAUUGUUUUCCGUCGCUGGCCACCUGUUUCACGUUCUCUCUAAUAAUGGUUUGUAGCCAAAAGGAGCCGAAUACUAUUUUCUGACCAAACAGUUCCCUAAAAGGGUGGUGCACUCUCAGGGUCAAUUGACCUCAAAGACGACGAGUUAUUUAUUACACUCAGGGUAAAGGGGGAAUAGGUAAAUUAGUUGCUUAAGUAAUCGAUCUCAAACAUCCCAUUUAGUUUGUAAAAAAAAUCCAAAAAACUACUGAUUAAGUCUUAGGACAUUAUUCAUGCUAACCGCGAUCAACUGUUUUCUUUGAAAAUAAAUUUGGUGAAAGGUAGUGGGAUGCAAAAAUAUUGCUAGGGGUAGAGUACACUAUUUAAAUCAAGUUUUCUCUUUAAUUACACCUUUUUGUAUAUAUGCAUUCAUUCUGUAAAUAAAGCUGGGAUAGUAGUUAAAUGAUCAUGUGCAAAAUAUAUACUUUAACAUUACAUUUUGUACCAUUUCAGUAAAAACGCAGGGCUUUUCAAGUUUGGAUUGACAUCAGAAAUUCCACUUCCCUCUGAAGGCUGCCAACUUGAACAUCCACCCUGCGUUUCUAACUUGCCAUCUUCUUUCAAAAUUCAUUUUCCGCUUUGCAAUAAUAUUUUUAGCCCUGCUGAGGAAUUUUCGCUCUCUUAAUUCCAUGAUCCUAUUCACACCCAGACCUUGGGUUAUUACAUAACUUUCUGUCAACCAACGACGUUGAUGGCUUAAUUCCUUCCUUUUUUCAGUUGACUCCUGUUUCGAAACAAUAUUUUUUGUUGCAACUGAAAAAUUUGAAUCACCCAGUAAAUUAUACAGUUAAAACCCCGACUAGGAACCUACAUUUUCCCAAGUUAGCCUAAACGGGUUCUUACAUAAAUGGUAAUUAGAACAAAUUUAGGCUAUUUAGGGUCUUAAAUAGCUCUUAUUUUCGUAGGAAAAAACACUGAAUUUUAGCUAAGAGUAUUUAGUUGUAUUCAGCUCAUUCCUCAAGUAAAACCUGUAUACCAUUACAUUGCAGUUGGAACAGAUUUUAAGCUGAACAGGUUCUUGCAGGCCCGUAGCAGGGGGAGGGGCAGGGGGGGCUCGAGCCCCCCAAGAAAUUUUCAGACUUGACUCAAAUUCUGCUACAAAAGUGGAAUUUUUCUACUAAAAUGGACAGCUGUCAAUGGAAGUUAAAGUUUCAAAGUAUUGUCGAUCAUACUAAGAUUAUGUACUGUUGUUCUUCUGUGCAAUUUGGAAUUGUGUAAAUGAACGAAAUCGUAUUUUUGCUCUGCCAAAAACAACCAACAGCUUUAAAAUAUCUGCUUAUUAAGGAUCAAAAUAGUCAGAAGCAAAAUGGAUCGAAAUGCACCAAUGACAAUCCCUGAACUUGACCUCUUGAACUUUAUUGGUUUCGUAAGAGGUCCGCCAGUGUAAAACAUACGACUGUACUAGAGUAAAACUUAGGGUUUUGCGCGUUUAUAUUGAAAGUCUCACAAUGUCUUCGCAAGAGCCGCCGAAGGGACCGAAGCAGGGGGGGGAGUUAAUGUGAGCCACUCGCUCAGCCCCCCCAGUCAUUUUAUACUUGCUACGGGCCUGUCUUGUAUAGAGGAGGUCUAACUGGCGAAUUUUAGCCUAACAAGUUCUCAAAAACCAGGUUCUGAGUCGCGGGAUUUUUACCGUAUUGCUGUUCUUUAUAAGACUUCUAAUCAAUCAAUCAUUGAAUUAAUCAUUCAAUUAUUUGUUAUUGUCGACUUACUUACAGUUUAGUCCCGUUCCGAUCACCGUGCAACUGCCGUGCGAAAUUCACUUGAUAAGCAGUUAGUAGCAUGAUUUGGUUUCAAUCAAUUCGUUAAUAAUAAUUACAUUAGAAUACAUUUUGAAAGUUGGCUAAACCGGUUUUACACUGUGAAGGUGUCAGUCACGGUCUAUAAUUUCCUCGUACCUAGUCCUGUUUAAACUUUCUUUCGUGUAGAGUGAGAAAAGUGAAGGCAAAUUCCUUAAAAGGGAAAAAGACUAUUCGUUCUUUUCGUUCCUGGUCGAGUGCAGCAUGACAGAAGCUUCCGCUUCAGCUUUCCCAACUGAUUUUCUAGAACCAUGGAAGUUAAGUGAUGUGAUUCUUUUGGUUGAAGAUCAGAAAUUCCAUGUUCAUCGAAGCAUUCUCGCAUUUUGGUCGCCCGUGUUUGAAAAGAUGUUCACUUCAGGACUCAAGGAGAAGAAUAACGAUGAAAUUCCUCUUCCAGGAAAAAAAGCAAGCGAAAUUAAACACUUGCUACUCAUGCUGUAUCCUUCUUUAGAGGAGAAACCAGUAACAAAGGCAAAUUGCUACUUCUUGCUUGAACUUGCUCACGAAUAUCUAAUAGAGUCCAUUGUUCAGAAAUGCCAAUCGUUUAUGGUUUUUAUGGUCAGAGAAAAGAUGGAGGAUGUUUUUGCGAUGCUCAUCUAUGGGCAAAAGUACCAGCUUAAAACUCUUAUAUUGGCGUCUAUAGAUGAGGCACAGCGUUCAGCAUCGUUCAACGAAUUGAUACAGCAUAAAGAAGAGAUCGAGCCAGACAAUUACCUGCAGAUUACUGAGCAAAUUAUUCAGCGACUCGAGCCACUCGAGCCACUGUGUAGGGAAGUGAAAGAAGAGGGUCUGCAACAUCUGGAGAGUGUGGUUAAAAAUCUA